GUAAGAACUCGGAAGUUCCUCUUCGUACAUUGGACAGAGGAAAUUGGACAAACUAACCCCUCAACGGAAAGCUGAAUUACAAGUUUACCGCGCUGACGACCAAACUGUCGUAUUAGCUGAGGAAACUUCCUUCUUCCCUCGUCAUUAUGGCUGUUUGGAAAUCAGAGGAGAGAAGAAAGAAAGAAGAAAUCUGAAAAGGAAAAAGACAGAGGAGAUGAUGAGUAAACGAACUCUGUUAGUAUGGGGAGUAGCAAUCUUGUGUUUUAUAGUUUUAAUGGUUGUCACUCCGAAAAUUCCCCAGUCCGAACAAUACCAUGAUUUUGCUGAUCAGCGUGAAUUCUUUGGGAUACCGAACAUGCUGAAUGUGGUAUCAAAUUUUCCUUUUUUUGUAAUUGGCGCAAUUGGGCUUAUACUUUGUUAUUAUCGGAACUAUUUCAGGCUAAGAUCACAAGGUGAGCUAUUGGGUUGGACAUGUUUUUUCAUUGGCGUUACAGCUGUUGCUUUUGGAUCCGCUUACUAUCAUCUCAAACCAAAUGAUGCUCGUCUUGUCUGGGACCGCUUGCCUAUGACUAUUGCUUUCACUUCCAUCAUUUCAAUCUUCAUUAUUGAAAGAGUGGAUGAAAAAUGGGGGACUCUAUCAAUUCUUCCUCUGCUCUUGACUGGUAUAGUUAGCAUUCUCUAUUGGUGGUUUUUUGAUGAUCUGCGUCCAUAUGCAUUGGUCCAGUUUGUUCCUUGCAUAGCCAUUCCUUUGAUGACUAUCCUGUUGCCUCCAAUGUAUACACAUUCUUUGUAUUGGUUAUGGGCUGCAGGGUUUUAUGUUAUAGCUAAGGUUGAAGAAGCAGCUGAUAAACCAAUUUACAAAUGGACUCAUCACAUUGUGAGCGGGCAUACUCUUAAGCAUUUAUUUGCAGCUAUGGUCCCUGUCUUCUUGACUCUAAUGCUAAUGAAGAGGGUUAUUGAAACAGAGAGACGAAGUUUGUUCCAGACAUGGCGAAUAUCCUGGACCAAGGUUAAAGGAAAUGGCGAAAAGGUGGAGAAUUAUUCCUGUACUUAUACAAACGUUCCGGUUGAGGAGUCACGGUGUUAACUAUAUGUUUUUCCGGAUUUGUACUUUAAAUGGAACUGUUCAAAUUUCAUUAACGAGUUCCACUAACCAAUUGACUUAUCUAAAAGGGGACAUAUAUGUUCAUGAGAAGUGAUAUUUGCACUCUCCAAUUAGCCUCUAACAUUCCUUGGAGGCAUAUUAUUUAUUGAGUGAAUUGGAGUGCCAGAGGCUAAAAUGGGAGUGCAAAUACUAAUUCCCAAGUCUUGUGUUAACGCAAGCGUUUCAUGUUUCUAGACAUGAA